AUGCCCAUGAUGCCACCGGAUGCUAUCGCCUGGAGCCUGGAUAAUGGCCUGACUAGCACAGCCAACAAAUACAGAGCCCAACCUAGCAGAAGUUUCGGGCCAGUUUAUCGCCAAGUAUGCUGUGCUCGCUCCCCUGAGUGUUCACGGCAGGGUCACCACCAGGUGAACUGCACCAAUGUACCCGGGAUUCAAUGCGCACUUCUGGAUCCGGUCAAAGCCCGCUGGCCUAGGGAAGGGGGUGCAGCGUACGAGGUGGCUUUGCUAUGCAGGACAUUUAUGUGCAUGAAAAGAGCAGCGAUCCCUGUCCCGAUUACGUUGGAAGCGCAAGGAAGAAAUGGUAUCAGACAGCCUUAUAAAGGCGACGAGGCCACCUUUGAAACCGACAUGUUCCUUAGAGCUCAGUGCAUUCCCGUCUUUCCUCUCCUUUGGCCUCAGAACACACAGAAACAUUGGAUCUAUCUAUCUCAUUUACUUGUUGCAGAUAUUAUGUCAGAAGUCAGAUGCAGGUUGAGACUGUUCCAUUAUGCAACUUUGGGCAGCUUGUGGCUAACAUAUGUUCUGGUGGACAAAAUCACAGAAGCGGUCUCUAGUCAUACAGUCUUUCAAGAUUUGGGAGGCUCUUACAAUAUUGGAUCUCUCCCAAUGUCGACUACAUGGAGAGAUCAUGAGAUUAGAUCGAUAAUGAGCGGAGAAGAUGAAGGAGUCAAGGCAUUGCUUUGCAGAAUUUCCCCCUUUGAUGAAAUAUUUGCCGCUUCUCUGCGGAUAUCAGUGCCCCAAACCACCGUGGCGAAGAUCAAUUGGCGUUCAUUCCUUCCUGGUGGGCAGAAAUCUGGUGGUCCACUUAAUGUCGCCGAAGCCAUUUCCAACGAAAGCUGGAUGCGCUUCCACCAAGUGUCAUUCUGCUGGGUGCGUCUUUCGCUAGGCUUUGAAGACAAAGCUGUCGAAUCAUUCAAGUUCUGCUAUGAGGAACUGAGACUUCAUGUGUACCACUACCUGCGUACGCAUGUUGACAAAUGCCCUUGGUUCUUUGAAGUUGCUGAGGUAAGUGGAGAUAUCCCGCUAUAA